AUGCCCCGCGAAGAGACCAAGAGACGUACGCGCCUUGUUGAUGAGGAUGAUGGAGAGACGGUGGAAUUCACCACGUCCAAGGAUAUUUCUAUCUUUCCCUCUUUCGAGGCCAUGGGACUCAAAGAAGACCUUUUGCGGGGCAUUUACGCCUAUGGGUUCGAAAAGCCAUCAGCGAUCCAGCAACGUGCUAUUAAGCCUGCAAUCCAGGGCCGAGAUCUGAUUGCUCAGUCGCAGUCUGGAACUGGCAAAACGGCGGUGUUCUCCAUCUCAAUUCUUCAAUCUCUAGACACUUCCAGUAACGAGACGCAAGCGCUCGUGAUCUCCCCGACUCGGGAAUUGGCCGAGCAGACCCAAAAGGUGGUAUUGGCUCUUGGAGACUAUAUGAACGUGCAGUGCCAUGCUUGCAUUGGCGGCAAAAGUGUGGGGGAAGAUAUUCGCCGACUGGACUUUGGUGUGCAGGUAGUGUCCGGUACACCAGGUCGGAUUUUUGACAUGAUCCGACGUCGUAACUUGCGCACACGGAAUAUCAAGAUGCUGGUGAUUGACGAAGCUGAUGAGAUGCUGAACAAGGGCUUUAAAGAGCAGAUCUACGACAUUUACCGCUACUUGCCGCCGUCGACCCAGGUGCUUUUGGUCUCAGCUACCAUGCCGCAAGAAGUCCUUGAUUUGACACGCAAGUUCAUGAACGAACCUGUGAAGGUUUUGGUGAAGCGCGAUGAGUUGACGCUGGAAGGCAUCAAGCAGUUCUUUGUGGCUGUGGAGAAGGAGGAGUGGAAGUUUGACACGCUGUGCGAUUUGUACGACACGCUGACAAUCACGCAGGCUGUGAUCUUUUGUAACACAAAACGAAAGGUGGACUGGCUCACAUCCAAGAUGCGUGAGGCCAAUUUCACCGUGUCGGCGAUGCACGGUGACAUGCCGCAAAAAGAACGUGACGCCAUCAUGCAGGAAUUCCGAUCAGGCGGCUCACGCGUGCUCAUUACCACAGAUGUAUGGGGCCGUGGAUUGGAUGUGCAGCAAGUAUCGCUGGUCAUCUGCUACGACUUGCCGAACAACCGCGAGCUGUAUAUCCACCGAAUCGGUCGUUCAGGCCGUUUUGGCCGCAAGGGUGUUGCUAUCAACUUUGUCAAGGAUGAUGACGUUCGUAUUCUGCGAGACAUCGAGCAGUACUAUAGUACGCAGAUUGACGAGAUGCCUAUGAACGUGGCGGAUCUCAUUUAA